AUGGGUCUCAAGGGGAUUCGCACUGCUCUAAAGGUCGACCUUAAUAAACCUGCCCGCGAACAGCCCGGCUUACAUAAUAGAUGGCAUCCGGAAGUCCCGGCCAUCGGCAAGAUCGCGAACAAUGAAGUCGUUAAGAUCGAGUGCCUUGAUUGGACAGGAGGACAGAUUGGGAACAAUGACUCAGCCGACGAUAUCAAAAAUGUAGAUUUAACCCAGAUCCAUUAUCUCUCCGGUCCAUUCGACAUUGAGACUGCAGAGCCCGGCGAUGUCUUGGUCGUCGAGAUACAGGAUGUUCAGCCAUUCGAGGAGCAGCCGUGGGGAUUCACUGGUAUUUUCCACAAGGAAAAUGGAGGCGGCUUUCUAGAUCAGCUUUAUCCCGAAGCAGCCAAGGCAAUUUGGGACUUCGAGGGAAUCUUCUGCUCAUCCCGACACAUCCCACAUGUUCGCUUUGCUGGACUGAUCCAUCCUGGCAUUCUCGGGUGUGCUCCAUCCGCGGAGGUUCUGGCUGAAUGGAACCGUCGUGAGGGUGAGCUCAUCGCCACUAAUACCGUUGCUGAUCGAAUUGUCGCUCAGCCGCCGAAUCCUAAGAAUUCUCAUGGCGGAACUGCUACGGAGGAUGUACAAAUCAAGAUCGCCAAUGAGGGCGCCCGAACUAUUCCAGGUCGCCCCGAGCACGGUGGUAAUUGCGAUAUCAAGAACCUUUCACGGGGAUCAAAGGUCUACCUCCCUGUUCAUGUCCCUGGAGCCAAAUUCUCCGUCGGAGACCUGCACUUCUCACAGGGAGACGGCGAAAUCUCUUUCUGUGGGGCGAUCGAAAUGGCUGGCGUGAUCACACUCAAGUUCUCAGUCAUCAAGAAUGGCAUGGCGAAGCUGGACAUGAAGUCCCCGAUCUUCCAUGCAGGACCCGUAGAGCCACAGUUUGGUCCCGGACGAUACCUGACGUUCGAAGGGUUCUCAGUCGAUGAGAAUGGCAAGCAACAUUUCCUGGAUGCCACUGUUGCUUAUAGACAGACGUGUCUCCGGGUCAUUGAGUAUCUACGGCGCUAUGGAUACAGCGAUUAUCAGAUCUAUCUACUUCUCAGCUGUGCGCCGGUACAAGGACAUAUUGCAGGCAUUGUGGAUAUCCCAAAUGCCUGUACGACUCUUUCGGUGCCGAUGGACAUUUUCGAUUUUGAUAUUCGGCCCGAGGCUGACGUUGUCAUGAAAGAGAUGGGUUCCUGUGCUUUUGUGAGCAAGUAA